AUGAUGAAGCUCGCCAUGUGGUGUUUGCAGAUUGACUUCCAAAGAAGGCCUAAAAUGUCAGAGGUAGUCAAAGUCUUGGAAGGUAGCAUGGAUGCUGAGAGUAAUAUAGAUCAUAACUUUGUUGCAACAAAUGAAGCAAAUUUCUAUAUUGCUGGAAAUGUGAAAUCCUCUGCUCCACCUGUAGCCUCAGAUCUAUCAGGUCCCAGGUGA